GAUUAACAAUUUAAGAAUUGGCAAACAUUCUUUGCUUAUUUAUGGAUAAAUAAUUUGAAUAAAUUGAUAUCGGAAUGAAGAAUAACUUUAGCUAGAUUUUUCGUUAACAAUAGUAUUUAAAAAAAGCAUUGCGCUGUUGAAUUCAGCAAACAGCUCAUCGUUUUAUUCAAACGCCAAGGAAAGUUUUCCGCCCACCGGAAGAAAAUGCCACUUCAUUCCGGGCGAGCAAUUCGUCUUCAAUGUCAGUUUUCCCCCCGCAUUUCCCGCACCAUUUUCCCCGACCCUCUUAUCCUUCAGCGAAAUUAACUUGAGAAUCCUGAUAAAAGGGCUGCCAUUCAUUCACUCAGCAGCAUUCACUUUGCCGAAAACUCAUUCUCAAUGCCACUAGCUGCCAACUUAAUUUAUAUUGUAUUUAAAAUGCAAAAUGCACAGCAUUCAACAAUGGGCGAGCGCAAAGAAAGUGGGCGGUCUUGGUUGAGUGGGCGGGGCCCACAGCUGAAAAGCGGCUUUAAUUUAGCAACUUGACAAAUUGAAUGUUUGCAGAGUGGCCAAGGAGUAACAACAAAGAAGUUUCUAGUUUUAAUCCAACCAAUAAAACUCUUUAAUGUGACAAUCUAUAUAUUCACUACAUUUGACUGACUUGAUUGAUAUAGAUGCUUACCCCUAGAGUUACAAGCUAAUAGUUUCUCGCAGUGUAAGCACAAUCAGCUGCAUCUUAACAAUGGGAACACAGCAAUGCAAAGGGGCUAGAAAAACGAGGCUCACAAAGGGUAACAAAGGGUAGCAACCAAGGCAACCCGUUUGCGAGGUCUUCGCAGUGGAAUUGCUCUUGGAAUUUUCUACUUGCGACCUGAAAAGGAAUCUCUGGCAGUCAUAACGAUAAUUGACAAUCUGGCCAACGCAAAUUAACAUUGCCAGAGGUCAAAUGGCAUUUGCUCGGGGAAUUUCUGAUUGCUUCCGUUUAUUUCUAUCCCCCUGUUGCUAUUGUCUAUAGUAUCGACGAUAACCAAAAACAUGUAGCAAAAAACAUACAUAGGUAAACAGAGCUCAAUUAGGAAUGCAGUGCACGCAACGCAAAGCGGCCAUAAAGACGUUUGGGCCAAAAGGCAGCAGCCAAAUUAAAACGGGCCAGCAAAGUAGUAGCAAAAAGAAAUAAUACCAGAGGAAAAAACAAUACUACAGAAAAUGAGCAAACGUGCCACGGUCAAGAGUGACCUCUAACCCACCGCCCACCUCCCCCUUUCCAUGGGCCACCCACGCACUUCGCUGGUAAAGCCAAAAGUCAACUCAAGUUUUACUAUAAAAGCCGGAGCUUCUGCGAUUGUUUAAUCAUAUCAGUUUCUGUUCAAUCAGCGGAUAUAGCACCAACAACCAAUCAAGCCAAGAUGUUCAAGUUUUUCGCUCUGUGCCUGUGCGCCCUGUUGGCCGUUGCCUGUGGCAAGCCGCAAUUCCUGACCGCCUACAGUGCGGCCUCGCCUGUGGUGGCUGCCACGCCCUACGCCUACACCGGCGGAGUCUACGCACCAGCCGCGUACAGUGCUGCGUACACCAGCGGCGUCUAUGCCACGCCCUACGCCUACGGAGCCUACCCCUACAGCUCGGUGUACCUGAGACGCUGAGCUUCACUGUACCACGAUGAUAAUACCCGAUGAUGACGACGACCUAAUGAACAAAUAAAGCUGAUAAAACCGAUAAAGAUUCGCAUACCAAAGGCCAGCUAUUUGCAGUCAUUUGCUUUGAGCAACUGCAGAUUAAAAGGGGCUGCAAAUGGGGAGUGGCAUUGGCCCUACACUCGCAGAAAAACAGUUGUUAAAUAAUUGAACAGAAAUUAAAACUUAUAAUAACCAGAAUCAAA